AUGGAUAGUAAUCUCGAUGGAAAAUCGAACUACUGUAGAUGGACCCGCCGUGGCAGUGCAGUGCUUCCCAUCACACGCGUGCGAUCGGGAGGAUUGCAAAUCGGCCUGAAAGGCAGGACAGAUCAGUUCUACUGUCAGUACGACCGUCUCGAUGUCAUGCCCGGCCGAAACCCCUGGUUCGACAUGUAA